AUGGCCGGCGUCAAGAGAUCGUUGGCUGUCAUGAUGAACCUCAGCGAAGGACCAGUCAGUGUCGAUGGUCGGCUGAGGCCGCAUGCCUUUGUCAAUUCAUCGUCUGAUGCGUCGGAAGUUGCAUCAAGGACUCCUACGCCGCCGUUCACUCCUUCUAGAGGCAAGAUCCCAAACUUCAGUUCUGAUGCCUCUCUAGCUUUAGUAGGACUGCGCGGCUCCGGAAAAUCGACAUUGGCUAUUAUGGCCGCGUCGGCCUUGAAAAAGAAAGUCAUCAAUGUUGAGGUUGCAUUUCAGUCAGUCACUGGUUCGUCGAGUUUGAGCUUCAAGCAAAUCAAUGGAAACGCCGAGUGUCAUCGUAAACAAGCCGAUGUACUGCAAGAUAUCAUCGAGCAGAAUCCGACAGGAUGCAUCAUCGUCUGUCCAUGGAUGGAGAGGAAAAUCCAGAGCCUCCUUCGGCGGUUUUCAGCCACCAAUCCCGUCAUCCAUGUCAUUCGAGAUAUCGAUGCUGUCCAAGGUCACCUAAAACUCAAGGAUAGGACAAAAGCCCACAACUUGAUGAAGAUGAGCAGCCUGUUUUAUCGCAGUUGCACUAACCUGGAGUUUUUCAACGUAUCUGAGAUUCGCGAGACAAACCUCGAACGAAAUGGGACGAAUGACCGCGGUUUUGCGACAAAUGCGCCGCCAUAUCUCGCUCUAAAGCAAGCCGAGAGACAUUUUCUCAAGUUUCUGUCACUCAUUUAUCCGACGGGCACCAUCCCGUUCUUUGAGUCUGCAUUUCCGCUUGCCAGCAUUGCACCCGAGGACAGACAAUUCACAUACUGUCUCUCGGUACACAUUCAAGAUAUCUUGAGCGGGAGCCAAGACUGCGAUGUUUCGACAGUUGGUGUGGACGCUGUUCAAAUCUUUGUCAAUAAUCUGACAACAGCCGGCGAUCUCCCUGAUGGUGUCGAUGGGUUGGCGAACAAGAUUACCGAAGCUAUCGGCAUUGUACGAAGAAGCACCAUGCUACCCAUAUUGCUACACAUCAAACUACCCGAGGUUCCCAACAGCAGGGUAGUGCGAUCAUACCUAGAUCUACUCUCACAUACCCUAUCCCUGGCACCGGAGAUGCUCACAGUCGACCUGCGCCUCGAUCAAUCUGAUCUCUCCAGCAUUAUUUCCGCAAAGAGCCGAUCAAAGAUUGUUGGAAACUACUUUAUGUCAACAGACAUCCAAUCUUGGGAGUCUUCAACUUGGACAUCCUGGUACCAGAAAGCCUGCCAGCUCGGCUGCGAUAUGGUGCGGCUGGUCCGACAAGCCACAACAAUGGAGGACAACUUUGUCAUUUCACGGUUCAAAUCCAAGAUUUCAUCUCUCAAAACUCAUAAACUACCACUUAUUGCAUACAACUGCGGGCACCUCGGUCGACACUCGGCCUGCUUUAACCAAAUCCUCACGCUGGUAGCUCCUAGUCCUGUUAUACAGGCUGACGAAAGAUGCGCUCCAUAUCCUUACAUCACGGCCAAGGAAGCUACAAAUGCCUUAUAUGCGUCUUUUGUAUACGACGCGAUGAAACUAUACGUGUUCGGAGCCAACGUGGGGUACAGCAUGUCCCCAGCCAUGCAUAAUGCAGCAUUGUCAUCCUGCGGAAUACCACACCACUAUGAGCCUUACUCUGCCGAGUCCCUCAAAGCCGUGGAACAUCUCAUAUACGAUCCCAAUUUCGGCGGAGCAUCAAUCGGGUUACCCUUCAAAGUCGAAGUGACGACUUUGACCAAAUACCUCAGCCCUCAUGCCAGAGCCAUCGGGGCUGCCAACACUCUAAUUCCCAUUCGCCAGCUCAAGUCAGAUGGCACCAUACCAACAGGCUCUGCCCUUUUGGCCGGCGUCAACAGAGCUGGUCCGGUUCUGGCUCUAUACGGCGAGAAUACCGACUGGAUCGGUAUUCGAGCUUGCAUCCGACGAGGGUUAUCCCCAGCCAACGCUGUAAGAUUGGCCACUUGGGGAUUCAUCAUAGGUGCAGGAGGCAUGGCGCGUGCUGCAGUUUACGCCAUGCUGCAAGUUGGCAUCAAGAACAUCGCCAUUUACAAUCGGACGACGGAGAAUGCGGAGAAAUUGGUGUCCCAUUUCCAACAGCUACUCCGAGAAACGGAGCAGACUUCGCUCCCCAACGACCAAGAAAUAAAGUUCCAUAUUUUGACCUCUCUCGACCAACCUUGGCCAUCAGAGUACCGAUACCCAUCUGUUAUUAUAUCCUGCAUUCCGACUCAUCCGAUAGGCAACACGCCGUCACCCGAGUUCAAGAUGCCAGAUGCAUGGCUGGGCCAUCAAACAGGCGGCGUCAUUAUUGAGCUUGGGUACAAGACGUUGAAUACGCCCCUCUUGAAGCAAGCCAGAGAUGGUGCUUCUCGAGGUUGGGUGGCCAUGGACGGUCUAGACCUGCUUCCAGAGCAAGGAUGCGCACAAUUUGAGUUGUUUACAGGUAGAAGGGCUCCAAGGCGGGUCAUGCGGAGGGAAAUCCUGGAGAAAUACAGAGAUGAGCAUGGCAAAUCACAUCUCGAGGAGUUGCAACACAGAUUACAGUCUAUAGUUGAGCAGGACUCGUGA